AGCCCCGGGAUCCCCGCGCCGCGGCCGGGCGGGUUCGACCCGCAGCCCCCAUGCCCGCCGCCCACCAGAACACCUCCUGCGGAGAAGAAACUGCAGUGCCGUGGUUUUCCAUGCAUUCAAGAGCGCCUGCAGACAGAGAGGGGCCGUCUGGUCCGGCAAAGCCCGUGUAGCUGAUGGCUCCCAGGAUAACGCUGCUGUCCUGCUGCAGAGCCAUGCCCAAGAAGGAUGAUGGUGCCAAAAAACCGGCAUCAGAGACAAUGCCGGACCAGCGCUGGAAGCUACAAGUCUUCUACCUCUGCUUCUACGGCUUCAUGACGCAGAUCCGGCCCGGGGAGAGCUUCAUCACCCCUUAUCUCCUGGGGCCUGACCAGAACUUCACCAAGGCAGAGGUGACCAAUGUGAUCACACCGGUGCUGUCUUACUCAUACAUGGCUGUGCUGGUGCCCAUCUUCCUGCUGACGGACUAUCUGUGCUACAAGCCAGUGCUGGUGCUGCAGAGCCUGAGCCACAUCUCCAUCUGGCUGCUGCUCGUGUUGGGCACCUCCGUCCUGGCCAUGCAGCUGAUGGAGUUCUUCUACGGCAUCACCAUGGCUGCCCGCAUCGCUUACUCCUCCUACAUCUUCUCCCUUGUUGCCCCAUCCCGCUACCAGCGGAUGGCCAGUUAUUCCCGCUCCUCUGUCCUCAUGGGUGUCUUCACCAGCUCGGUGUUGGGCCAGCUCUGUGUCACCUUGGGCGGCGUCUCCUUCCUCACACUCAACUACGUCUCCUUGGGCUUUGUCAGCUUCGGCCUCAUCCUCACCCUCUUCCUUGAGCGGCCCCGGCGCAGCCUCUUCUUCAACCGGCCUGGGGGUGCUGGUGACGGGGCUGCAUCCACGGAGCUAGACAGGAUGGCUGAGGGGGAUGGCAGGGGGAGAGCACGGGGCUGGAGGGACGCGGUGCUGUGCCGAAUGCUGUGGGAGGUGGGAGCAUUGGCCAGGCAGCCCCAGCUCCGGCUCUGGUCCUUGUGGUGGAUCUUCAACUCAGCUGGGUACUACCUGAUGCUGUACUACGCACACAUCCUCUGGAAUGAGAUCUCUCCCACCACGGACAACCGCCGGGUGUACAACGGAGGGGUGGAUGCUGCCUCCACGCUGCUGGGGGCCGUUGCCUCCUUUGCCGCUGGUUACGUGAAGAUCCGCUGGACACUGUGGUCAGAGCUGGUGAUCGGAGUGGUGACGGCAUUCCAGGCGGGGUUGCUCCUGCUCAUGAACUCCACCACCAACAUUUGGUUGUGCUAUGUUGCCUACGUCCUCUUCCGUGGCUCCUACCAGUUCCUGGUUCCAAUUGCCAUUUUCCAGAUUGCUACCUCCCUCUCCAAAGAGCUCUGUGCUCUGGUCUUCGGGGUCAACACCUUCUUUGGCACCGUGCUGAAGACCAUUAUCACUGUCAUCGUGGCCGACGAGAGGGGCUUGGGCUUAUCUGUGCAUCCCCAGUUCUACAUGUAUUUUGGUUACUUCACGCUGCUGGCCGUGGUUUACCUGCUGGCGGCCGUCGGUGUGGGCAUCCAGCACAGCCGCCGCAGGCAGCCGGCAGAGCUGGCCUUGGCCAAGGAGCCGUGCCAGCGCCCCGUGGAGAUUCCAGCACAGGAGAAAAGCCCAGAGGCAGGCACCGUGUGAGCCUGAGCGCUGGCACCAUGACACCAUGGCUGGCUCCUGGCUCCCUAAGUGAGCAUCGUCAUCAUCACCAUGUGGUUGGUCUCCUGUCCCGCUGCUGGUCCUCAGUGCUGGUCUGUUGAGGGUAUAACCCUCGGGACAUGUUUUCUGCUCCAUGGAGACAGGGCUGUGCCCCUUCCAACCCCCAAACACAGAGCACCAUGGGAUACCACACAGGGAUAUGGAUGGGGACCCCAUCCCGCUACAUCCCCAUCAUGGCACGGAGCCAAGCUACAAGAGGAUGUUUCUUUAUUCAGUGCCUUUAGAAAAUGGUUUAUAGGACACAACCAACAACAAAAAAAUAAUAUAAAGAUCCACAGGCUUUAAAUUGCAUUAAUUACACAAAAUACAGUAGACUGUAAGAAAUAAAGACCGUGUGACUCGCACAGCUUUUAUGGUAAUAAUUUCCAUACAAUAACAAAAAAAAGCUAGUUACGGA